CAGGCUUGUUGCUCUGCGCGCACUGACUGCGGUGCGGAGACGGAGGGGCAGCGCGCGUUAAGUGGCGCCAUCUCUACACGUGAUCGGUCUGCGCUGCCUGCUGCGAAGCGCCCGCCCGGCAGGCCCCAGCGAAGUUUGUGCUCCCAGGGCAGCGCCACUGGAGGCGGCCGACGCGCCCGUUCAUCCAGGAUGAAGCCCGCCUCGCGCCGGCGCGGCGCCCUCGCGCUCCUGGCCCUGGCCGGAUGCGGGGUCGCGCAGAACAUGGGGCAAUGGGUCGGAGGCGAGCAUUGCGCGGGCUCCCACUGUGGGCCCAGCAAGUCGGAGCCCGAAGAGCCCAGCAAGGAGGCGCAGCGAUUGGCUCGCGAGGCGUUGGCAGGCGGCGGGUCGGGGUGGUUUGAAUACGAUAUACUCGACGGCAACCGCUUCGACGGCUUGGGCGUCGUCCAAUAUUUGGGCAGCGGCGUCAAGGUCGACUUUUCGGCGGACGCCGCGAACUACUACUCGCGCUCGACGGGCCACCGGACGGGCGACCGCGAAAAUGCAGCGCGCAUGACUCUCGCGGCGGAGGGCGACUUCUCGGGCGACCACGCGACGCAGUGGAGCCUCGGGGCGCCGGGCGCCUGGUUCUCGAUACGGCUGGUCGACCACGCGCUGCGGCCGACCUACUACGUCUACCGCGGCGACAUGGGCGGGGGAGGCAAUCAUCCGAGGACCUGGACGCUCGAAGCCUCCGCCGACGGCCAGAACUGGACGCCGCUCCGCGAGCACGACGACGACGAUGGGAGCGUCACCAAUACCCAGGCGGGCGGGUGGCCGCUCGAGGCCGAGGAACACUUCUCGUAUUUUCGCAUUCGGAACCGCGGCCACCCGAACCAUCUCUGCUGCAGCGGCGUCGACUUUUACGGGGAACUCGUCCACCGGAAGGGGGCGGGCGCGGUGCCGGUCACGUCAUUUGCGGAGGAACCCGGGGCGGCGAGCGGCGGGCUCCGGGAAGCGCUCGACGGCGCGCCGCGCCUCAAGUUGGUCGCCGCGGGCUCGGACGAUGCGCUGCACUUCGACAACGCGGCGACGCUGCGCGCGGGAGGCGAGGCGCCGCUGACGGCGAACGGCAAGAACGUUGGGCUCUACUGGUCGCAGCCGCGGAAUGCCUGGGGCCACUGGGAUUACAUUGACCUCGGCGUGAGCGAAAAGCUGCGCCCGCUGCGCGUCAAGCUCGACGGGCCCUAUAUCGUCUGGGAGGGGGGACAAGGCGAGUUCGCCUUCGACGUUUCGAUGUGGCAGCUUCACGAGGGCCGACACCUCGUUCUGGUCCAGGCGUGCGAAGGUAAUCCGGGAGGACCGACGCGGAUGUCGCAGGACGCGGCCGGACGAGACUUUGUCCUUUAUGCCGACGGCACGAUCGGGCCGCGCACCGCGACGCAUCUGCGGCUCGGCGUCGUAUCGAAGAUUGGUAACCUUCGGCCUGGAUGGUCGGCGCACGAGGACAUCGACAUGGCCUAUCAAGGCGACGUCGAAAUCAUCCACAACUGGCGCGAGGAGCACUCCAUCGAGGACCUCCAGCGCAUCGUCGAGCGCAAGGGCUACUCGGCCAUCUCCGUGGGCAGCUUCGACCACGCGGCUCUGAAAAAGUUCCCGUACCAGCUCACCGCCGGCCACUGCGAGCCGUCUCCGGGGUACUCGAACACGUUCUACAUCUGGGGCGGUCGGGGCGGCGGCGGCGGGUCGGCCGACGGCAGCGAGGUGGCGCCGAAGGAACCCGGGGAGGGUUCCGGCGGCAGCCUGAGGAAGGUAGAGGUUGGUCGUGUUAUGUCGUGGUACGACUACCGCGCGCGGGCGAAGCAAGAGGGCGGGCGCCUGCCCACGACCGCGGAGCUAAGAGCCGCAGGCGUCGAUGUCGGCUACGAUCAGUGGACGCCGAUCACGCCGAGCCCGGGCGACCAGGAAACGGGCCGCCGCGACGGCGCGCGAGGCAAGGACGAGAACGCCUGGGCCAAUAUCGGUCCGCGCAAGUACCAGAUCGAGUAUCCCGCCUGGGGCCUCGACGCGAGCGAGCAUCCAUGGAAGCGGCUCACCUACUUUUACGUCGUGUCUGAUUUUGGCAAGGACUGGGACGGGUUCGAGGACGACGAGUCCGGCGCCUUGGGCAUCAUCUCGUCGGUGCAGCCCAAGAUCAUCGAUUCGAGGUUGGUGCUCGUUCGACGGGGCAGCCCGAACGUGCUCCGCUUCGACCACUGGCAAGCCCUGCAGGCCGGGAGCGCGGCGCCCUUGACUGUCGACGCGUCGCACCCCGGGAAUGGAAUUGGGACGAUGUACCCUGAAGAACGAAGAUUCCAGGAGUGGAGAUACACAGAAUCAAAAUGUGUGGCGGAGCGAGACGCGUGCUCCGUUCAACUGGUCCAGGGAAAGUUUCUGAAGCGGGUCGACGCGAACCUAGUGCUUGACGUGGCCUUUUGGAAGUUUCACGAGGGGACCGCGGUCAAUUGGGUCGGCGGCGGAAGCGACGACCGCACGUACCUCCACGGCGGCGGCCGCGACUUCCGCGUCAACUCGGACGGGUCGAUCUGCCUGGUCAACCACCCGCGCUUAUGCCUGGGCGUCAUCGACCCCGAGAGCCGGGUCCGCCUCUUUAGGUGGAGAAGGUGGUUGUCCAAAGUGCAGGGCGUAUGUUCUAACGAUUGGCCCGAGUUCCCUGGCGACUACCCAUACGAAGCAUUCGCGAACUCGGGAAAAUGCAGAGGAGGUGAUUUCGACGAAGACGUCGGCACGGUCGCUGACAUCGGUGAGUGUUGGAGCAGGUGCCAGGAUCUCAACGAGCCCGGAAAAACGUCGUAUUGCGCUUCGAUGCAUCAAACGUCGAUGGAAUGCUCCUGCCAGGGCGCAGAUCCUGACGGCGACUUCGACGAGCUCGAGUGCCUCGAGGACGUCGGGGAGUACACGCUCGCCGUGCACGAGGGCUGGCGCGGCUCGCGGUGCUACGGCAACGACGGACGCGUGUGCGCGUGCGACGGCGGCGAUUACUGCCUGCCGUGCGAUUACUGCCUGCCGUGGACGCGGGAACAUAUGGCAGGACCCUUCAAGGAGGGACUGCUCAGCUACGCCUUUCUGGCCAUAGGAUUCAGCUUGCUGCUCGGCCCUGGCGUCUGGCUUAUUGUGCGCGUGGGCCUCUGCUGGGUCGCGAUCCCCGGCCUCAUGGCCGCUGCCCCCCCUGGAACUGGCGUCGUCGCGUUCCUUUGGAUUCUCGUCGGCAUAAUCGUCUACAGGUGCAUAGAAACAGCAGCAGCAGCAGCAACAGCAGCAGCAACAGAAACAGCAGCAGCAACAGACACAAGAGCAGACGCUGUAGCGGAGGUCGAUAAGGCGAAUGAAAACUGUCAGACGCCGCUAUACAUCGCCUGCCAGAACGGCCACGUUGACACUGCGCGGCUGCUGCUGGACAACGGCGCGGAGGUCGAUAAGGCGAAUGAAAACGGUGUGACGCCGCUGUACAUCGCCUGCGAGAAAGGCCACAUCGAUGUGGCGCGACUGUUGCUGGAGAAAGGCGCGAAUGUCGACAAGGCGAAGAAGGACGGUGCGAUUGAGGCAAAUGAAUCUACUACUCAAGUCAUGCAAAACCCACCGCCGCCGCGUCAUGAUUUACUAAAUAUGUAUUCGGGUGAAAUUGGAAUAUGUGUUCUUUUGUUUUAUUUUUUUGGCUUGUAUCAGCAUGCAUUAUAAUGAGAAUAAGAAUGAUACUUCAGAAAUGGAAGCACGACAAUGUGAUACAAAAGGAUUUGGUUUAGCAUUAUAGAAAAAUUAUUGCCGGAAAGAUAAAAAUGAAUGGAAUAUGAAUCCAAAAACGACACAUUGGGAACAACGUUGCUGUUGAACUAUUCUUUACUGCCAUGAAGAUAGGAAGUUCAUGUCGUACUCGGAGCCCCCGUUAGACUUCCCCUGUUCACACUAAUUUUCCCCUGCCUCGAG